AUGGCAGUCCAGAAGGCACGCCUGACCUUGCGUUGGGUGGCGCCGCUUCUCUGCAGCCUGUCCGCCGCGACCCAACAGGGCGGGAGCAGUGCGUGCGCGGAUUACGCUGGGGAGUACGAGGUGUGGUACGAUGGGUCGCAGCGCAGUGAGACGAUGAUCAUUUCUUGCGACUGCACCGCGACCCAGGGUGCCAUAUUCACUGACAGCCUUCGUUUUACUGAUGUAUCGUCCCAGUGCCCCAACGACGACUCGUCGUUCUACAUCCUGAACACGCACGGGGCUGGCAAGUACGAGUGUUUGGCUCAGAGUGGCACUACGAUCUCAGGUAAUCACUACACCACUCCGGACGCAACUGAUCCGCUGAGUACCGAGUACCGGUUGACACGCCGCGACUCUUGCAACCCUUGCGGCGAGUCGUGUCCCAUCUGCGGGCAGGGCCAAACUUGCGCAGAAGCCAUCAAGUGUCAGAUGGACCAGUUGACGAGCGGCUUCGGCUCGAACAACCCUGGCGAUGACGGAGUCCUCGAGAAUGCCUGCAGCGUGGGCAUCGCGGCCGUCAAGGACCAAUGCUCGGCGUGCGACGGCUGCACCGAGUGCUCCGUCGCGCGGCUGUUGGACGACGCGCGCAGGGACAGCCGCGCGGCGGCGCAGGCGGGCCCCCUCGCGGCGGCCACCGCCGUGGCGAUCCCGCUGUGCCUCCUCGCGGUAGCCUCGGGCGCGGCCGCCUUGCUCGCGGGGCUCCACCGGCGCGCCUCCGCGGCGCCGCUGGCCGUGCCGACGGAGCUUGGCGCGCUGUCCGAGACCGAUGGCCAGUUGAGCUGA